AUCAGCGCGAGGCGUGACAACAGAGGCGCGUUCACGUGUUCACCACCGGUGAGAGAGAGAGAGAGAGAGAGAGAGAGAGAGAGCAUCAUCGACACACUGUCACACAGCUUCCUCCGCCCGGAUACCGAGAGAGGACAACAGGGAAUUUAGAGGUUAAAUUAAAAAACAAAACAACUAGAGAGAACACGGGAGGCCGAGGCGCCAAGGAGCCAAGGAGACACGAGCAUCCAUCCUUGCAGCAGCUCUAACAAAAAAAAUAAAUAAAUACAAAAUUUAAAAAAAAUCGGUGAUAGUAGUAGCAGGAGCAGAUUCAGGGAUUUUCCGUGUCUGUUGCCCGGUGCUCCACACACCCUGUGCCUUUGAACCAGCAGCGGGGAAAGAAGGAGGGGAGGACCACAGAGAGAGGAGGCUGUGCAGAGAGGAGGAGGACCAUGGAGGGGAUGCAGGCAUACGGAGCCGGGAAAGCCGGAGGAGCCUUCGACCCUGUCACCUUCUUCCAGCAGCCUCAGACCAUUCUCCGCAUAGUGUCGUGGCUCUUCUCCAUUGUGAUCUUUGGCUGCAUCGCCAACGAGGGCUACAUCAACCGUCCCAAUGAAGUGGAGGAGUACUGCAUCUUCAACCGCAACCAGAACGCUUGCAAUUACGGCGUCUUCAUGGGCUCCAUGGCCUUCCUCUGCUGCAUGGCCUUUUUGGCUCUGGAUGUCUACUUCCCCCAAAUCAGCAGCGUCAAAGACCGCAAGAAAGCAGUGCUGGCUGAUAUCGGAUUGUCAGCGUUCUGGUCCUUCAUGUGGUUUGUGGGUUUCUGUUUCUUGGCAAACCAAUGGCAGGUGACCGAGCAUGAGGACAACCAACUGGGAGGGGACGCUGCACGUGCAGCCAUCACCUUCUCCUUCUUCUCCAUCUUCACCUGGGCGGGCCAGUCAUUCCUGGCCUUCCAGAGGUACAAGUUGGGGGCCGACUCAGCCCUCUUCUCCCAGGAAUACACGGACCCCAGCCAAGAUGCAGCAGGAGCUCCUUACACCUCCUUUGGUGGGGAUGACCUGGAGAGCCCAGGAGGAGGAGGGGGGCAGGCCAACAACGAUGGAGCUUUUGACGGCACCGGCGGCUACCAGCGUCAGGACUACUGAGAUAUUAGGGAUGGGGUUAUACUAGGGGGGGGGAGGAUCUGGGUCAAGUUGUCUGUAAUUCCUAAUUUAGAGUUGAGUUUGUAUCGUUUCUGUCACACUAAAAAUCACUAGGUCAAAACUGACCCAGUUUGGGUCAAUAUAACACCGAUGCAACACCAGUACCAAUGGGUAUUUUUGAGACACAGCAAGCUGAUGUUUUACCUUAAAACUGUCACAGAUCUAUUAAAUGUAUAAAACAAUGUGCAUAUCGAAACUGCAAAGGAUGCACAUAUUAUUGUUAGUAGUACCAAAUAGUGACACAAGUUUAAAAGGUAGAUUAUAAUAGUUUGUAACCAUAAUAUUUUUUUAGUUUGGUAAAAAACAGUAAUAACCCUAACACUGGGUCAGUACCACUCAUUGCUUUGUGUUGUGUUGGUGCUAUGUCGUUUUGACCUAGUAAUUAUUAGUGUGUACAUGCAACACUUAAUGUGUUUGGUUGGAGGAAGAAGUUAGCGGAUUUCAUACCUGUGACAUUUCAGUUAUCGGGCUGAUUUCCAUCUGUUUAUUUGGGAGGAAAAGCAGAAUUUAUAUCUAGAUCAGAAAUUGUUGGCUAUGUUAUCGAUUCUGGAAGGCACAGGUAACCUCUAAGGGUCGGACAAGAUCUCAAUUAGGUGCGAGUCUACAGUAGAACAACAGAAAGGAGUUCACAACAUCUAUGGGAAGGGGUUGUGGGAUGGAGAGAGACACUGGGUGCAGGUGAAGAUAACAGGAGGGUUGGAAUCGUUCAGAGGUCAAGCCUUUUCAGAUAUGGUCAUGUAGCAGAUCGAUGCUUGUGGCCAUAUUGCCUUCAUCUUCUGAGGUCUGCUGUCAGUCAGCGAAAUGACUGCGAUCAGUGUUAAUUAAAAACACACACACACACACACACGCAAGCACAGGUUCACAGUGCAUCGAUUUUUAACAGACAACACAAGUUUCCGCUGACAGAACUCCUCUGAGAUAUCUGGCAACUAAUCCCCACAACUGUAUCACAGGCGCCUGUUUGUGUGUGUGUGUUGAAAGGUCUCCUCCGGGUUUUAAUGAUGUGUGGAUGUGGGACAGUGUGUGUGUUUUCUUGUUUCCCAGAAGAACCAGCUUUCUUCUUUCCUCGAUUGUUGCCUUAGUGCUGACUGCCAAGCAAAAUCCAACGAACACAGGGCAACGUAUAUACCCUACUACAUGCGCAGUAUCUCAGUUCUCUUUCAGCAUCUUUAGAGUGAAAGCAUAGCUAAUUGAAUUGUGUCUUGUUUUAGUCCUUAAGCUCGUAAAAAAACCCAGAACAAAACAAGCAUUUGUCAUCAUUAUAGAGCAUCCCAAAUGACAGGUCUCAUAUCAGCAGGCCGACAGACAACUCACUACACUGAAGAAAUGCAGGUUAUUUAUCGUUUUUCACCACUUUAUUUCAGCAAAUCUACAGCUGAGACAACCAUGAACAUCCUGAGUAUUUAUGAACAUGCAUUGCUCCAUUUUCUUAAAGUAUAUCUAUCUCUCUAUAAAUAUAUGUAAAUCUAUAAUUCAGUAUAUUAGAGUGUUUGAAAAAAAAAGAUUCUGCUUUAUUUUAGGGCAUUAUGCUAGUUCUAUAUAAAAAAAGAAAAGACAAAAGAAAGAAGAUCUAUGUUCUCUUGAGUGUUAUUGUGACGAGAUAUAUGGUGAGGUCCAUGCCUCAUCCUUUAUGUUGCUUUCAGGGUAAGGAGAUGUUUUUAUUUUGGAAUAAUAAUACUAACUAUAAAAAAUACAGCAACAAAAAAUGUGACCAAAUUAUCAAAGUAUAUAUGCACAUAUAUAUACUUUAUACUGUACAACCGUGUAGACGUAGAAAUGUGUGAUGUUCCUUUGUGAAAUCUGUUCAAGAGCAAAGUAAGAUUUAAGAAAAAGAUUGUGUACAAAUGUAUGUUUUUGAUGUGUUCGAUUUUAACCAAUAAAAAUAAAGAAAUGCUGAGAAAGAUA